AUGUCGUCCAAUCCAAGCACGGCAGGCGUGCCGCUAUCGCCCACGCUCUCGGCCACAUCCUCAUCGGCCUCUACGACCGCCACGGUGCUCGACACGCACGCGGGUCCCAAAUCGCUCGUGAACCUGCGCAAGCAGCUCAAGUACCUCGUCAUCGGCGGCAUCCUCACGUCGUACUUUCAGGUGUACUCGCACCUUGCGGAUGCUGUGUCGCUAGGAUUAUCCUCAAAUUCCGCGAAGCUGGCACUACUGUCGGUGGUGCUGUUGGUGGCGACGGUGGUGUUGUUUGGGUAUGUGAUUCUGCUCCCUGCACGCGGGGAGACGGUCAACUACAUCGAAUGGCGAUCCGACUCGCGCCUCUCCACAUCCAUCCCCCUCCUCACCGCAAGCAUCAUUCUGGGCUGGAUCACCCUGCUCGUCACGCUGAGCCCCAUCGGUGCACCGGCUCCACCGUCGAGGUCGAUCCGAGAGCGUCUGCAGCAGGCCGCCAAGUUUACGGGGCUUGGAACGCAGGCAAGGAUCAACGAUAUCCCCGCACGCGUGUUGGGCGAAAGCUGGGACAAGAUCGCGGCGAAUUUGGGGCUGACCACGAGCAGUUCGACUCGGUUGGGCGAGUACUUUGCAGCGCUGGGCGAGAGGGCCGAAGAGUGGGCGCGCCACAACAUGCGUACCGUUGGAUGGACGGGUGCGAUUGCCGGAUCGGUAGGAACCUACCUGGUCGUCUUUGGUGCCAUCGGCCUGCUUGGCUUCUUGGCCCCUCAUCCUUCCACCAAACUCAAGCGAUUCUAG